AUGCCUCACCAACGACACUGGUGGAAAGAAGGGGUCGUGUAUCAGGUGAGUGACCUCCCCGCUUCCUGCAGUGGACCCCCACUCGCUUGAUGAGUCGUGUCGGAUCGAUCAAGAGUUCGCCUGGGGCUUGGGUCCUAUCCUUCCUCUCAAGUCAACGCAAUUUUGAGUGUAUCCUCAGUGCACCUGCAUUAUUCGUCUCCUCUCAUUUGCCAGUAACCCUGCGUACCAACGCACCUGAACCCCCGCCGCUCACCCGCCGCUCAUCCCAUGACUGUCUUCCCCUCUCACUCCCGCGUGCCAGAUUUACCCCCGUUCCUUCCUCGACAGCAACGGCGAUGGAGAAGGUGACAUCCCCGGCAUCACCGCCAAACUAGACUACCUCAAACACUUGGGUGUUGACAUCUUGUGGAUCAGUCCUUUCUUCGAGUCGUACGUCACUCCUUCCCGCCGAAGAUUUUCUCCCGCCUGGAGUUUGGGAUCCUCGAAGAUUCUUCCUCUCGAGUUUGGCCGCGAAGCGAGAAGUUGACUUUGGUCAAUAUGACUCGGUUUCAAUUAUUCCCCAGUCCUCAGAAGGAUAACGGAUACGAUAUCAGCGAUUUCAAGAACGUGCACGCCCCUUUCGGCACCGUGGCCGACGUUGAGGAUCUCAUCAAAGGCUGUCACGAUCGAGGGAUGAAGAUGUGAGGUGGAAGGGACACGUUCAUAUGUGUGACCAUCGUCAAAGGCUGAUACAACUCUCUCCAAAACUAGCCUCUUUGACCUCGUGAUUAAUCACACCUCGUCCGAACACGAAUGGUUCCGACAAAGUCGCUCGAGCAAGACCAACCCCUACCGCGAUUACUACAUUUGGAGACCGGCCAAGUAUAUUGAUGGCGUUCGACACCCUCCCAACAACUGGAGGGCAGUUUUCGGAGGUAGUUGUUGGGAAUGGGAUGAAGUGACCGAAGAGGUAGGUUACACCUUUUGGAUGGCCGAAAAAAUAUAACCUACCCGAACACGUUCGGCGUGAUCCGAGACUGAUGCCCCUUCGUGCUACUUUAUAUCAGUACUACCUCCAUUACUACGUCAAGGAACAACCUGACGUCAACUGGGAGAAUCCCAAACUCCGCCAGGCCUUGUACGACGACGCGAUCAAGUUCUGGCUCGACAAAGGCUGCGAUGGUUUCCGCGUGGAUACGUGCAACAAGGUAGAUACUGCAGUUUAGCCGCCUUUAUUUAGCGGCUGAUUUGGCAUGUAACUUUUUUCCCUGCAGUAUUCCAAAUUCACCGACUUCCCGGACGCCGAGGUGAUCGAACCGGAUGCGCCUUAUCAGAACGCCAUCAAGUUUCUCACCAACGGUCCGAGGCUCCACGAGUUCCUUCGCGAGAUGUACGAUGAGACGUACGCCAAAUACGAGUAGGUCCUACCAGAGCAGGUUUCUACCCAGGAAGAAAGAAAGCUGCUGAGUCGAGUCCUUCCUCGUGCUGUCCUAAGCUGCAUGACAAUCGGUGAACUCGGCUCGACGCCCCUAAUCCAAGACGUGCUCAAGUUCGUCGCGGCCAAAGAACGCAAGUUCAACAUGGUGAUCCAAUUCGAGCUCUCGCGCCUUGAUCACGGCCCCGCAGGUUCGCGCUUCCACCUCAUGACCCACGAGUGGAAGUUAUCCCAAUUCAAGGAGAUCACGGCGAGGUAUCAGCGGUUGACGGAGUGUCAGUUCGAUGCGUGGGGGGUCACGUAUUUGGAGAAUCAUGAUCAGGGGAGGAGUGUGCCGAGGUAUGGCUCGGACAAGCCGGAACAUCGGGUCAACUCAGCCAAAAUGUUGGCCACGUUCUUGUUGACCGUUUCGGGGACGCCGAUCAUGUACCAAGGAGGUGAGUCGUACCCUGAAAGCAGCAAGGUUUUCGUGUGGAAGUUGAGCCCCGUCAUGUCACGCAGAGGAGCUCGGUAUGAUAAACUGUCCCAAGGAAUGGGAGAUCGAAGAUGAAUACAAGGACGUCGCGACGAUCAACCAAUGGGCCGAAAUGAAAGCCACCGCCGCAGCAACGAACGAUACGAAGCUGCUCGUCGACGGCAAACGAGGGAUCCAGCAAACCGCUCGGGAUCAUGCCCGAACGCCGAUGCAAUGGAACGACGACAAGAACGCGGGUUUCUCGACAGCCGAGAACACGUGGAUGCGAGCUAUGGAUUCGUAUAAAGAGAUCAACGUCGCUAAGCAACAAGGAGUCGACUCGUCGCCUCUGGAACAUUAUCGUCGCUUGCUCGCGCUAAGGAAGGAGCACAAGGACGUCUUCGUCUAUGGUCACUUCGAGCCUUCGAUCGACGAAAACAACGAUCAUACUUAUAUCUACCUCAAGCGAUCCGAGGACGGAUCCAAGAAGACCGUCGUCGCGCUCAACUUCAGCGACCAGAUACAGAUCUUCCAAGCUCCGGAGGGAUUGACGUUGAUCGAGUCCCUUAAAUUCGAGGAUGGAGGUAGGAAAGGGGUCCUGGGACCGUUCGAGGCACAAGUUUAUAUGACAUGA